CGUGAGCUGCUGGCUGUAAGAUCUCUCAGCAAGCAGCAAUGUGAAGACAUGGCUCAACAGCUCCGCUGGGCAGAAGAGCAGUGCAGCAAGGCUGUGAGACUCUGGCAAUCUGCUGAGAAAGUGAAGGAAAGAAAGAUCAUGCAAAAACUGGCGAGACAACAGCUGGAACAACAGAGGUUGGAGGCGCAGAAGAAGAUGGAGCAGCUGGCAAACGCCCUGACAGAGCUCCAGUGCCAGAAUGCUGCUCUGUGUGAUAACAUGUGCCAGCUGAGGCAGGAGCUGAACAAGCUGAAGAAAGGGCAGAAUAUCAAGCUGCAGGCAGAGCUGCAGGACGCUCAGAGGAAGAUGAAGGCCAUGGAGAAGAGGCACAAAGAAGAAAUGGAAAGGAUGCAUAAGGUCCUGCUGCAGUACAGCCCAGCUGAAGAAAAGCAGGUGAGUGAAAGAGCAGGAGGCACUGCAGUCAUGGACGCAGGAUGUGCCAUCAAAGCUGCCGCUGCAGCAGCAUCCUCCGAAGAAGCCUCCUCUCCUCAGCCCGAAAACCCGAGCGUGAGCAGUUCGGCCCUCUCAAGCCGGGAGAAAGAGAAGCAGUUCCUGAGGCUGCUGAGGCGUGUGGUGAGUGUGGGAGAUCCAGAGAAGAAGUACACUGGAUGGAGACCUAUUGGCAGUGGGGGGUUUGGAACCGUUUAUAAGGCCUUCAAUGCUGCCACAGGACGAGCAGUGGCCGUAAAGCAAGUUAAUCUCCAGCAGCAGGGCUGCGAGGAUGUGUUGAAGGAAAUCCUGGUCAUGAAGGAAUAUAAGAACCCCAAUAUUGUCACCUACCUAGAAAGCUACCUUGUCAGUGAGGAUGUCCUGGUGGUGUUGGAGUAUAUGGAUGGAGGCUCCUUAGCUGAUGUGGUCAGCAUGAAAAGGAUGGCUGUAGGACACAUAGCAACAGUGUGUCGGGAGUGCCUGCAAGGCCUGGCUUUCCUUCAUGCCAACCAGGUGAUCCACAGAGACAUCAAAAGUGACAACAUCCUUCUGGGCCGGGAUGGCUCCGUCAAGCUGGCCGAUUUUGGCCUCUGUGCUCCGCUCAGCCCUGAGCAGAGUAAACGGAGGUCGAUGGUCGGGACCACUUGCUGGAUGGCACCCGAGGUGGUGAGAAGAGAGCCAUACGGCCCCAAAGUGGACAUCUGGUCCCUUGGCAUUGUGGGAAUAGAAAUGGCCAAAGGAGAGGCUCCUUAUAUUCGGGAAACCCGUGAGAGGGCUAACUACCUGAUAGGCAAGCAAGGCGUACCAGACCUGCACAAGCUCAGGCUGCCCUCUGGCUUGUGUGAAUUUCUGGGCUGCUGCCUGCAGAUGGAUGUGGACAGGCGAGGCUCUGCCAAGGAACUUCUGCAGCAUCCAUUUCUCCAGUCAGCGGAGCCUCUCUUAAGCCUCUUCUGACAGCCUGAUCGCUGUCAUCCCUGCAGCCAAGUCAUGCAGGAAGCAAAGGAGAUGACAAGGACCACUUGAGCACUUGGAGAACUGAACCUGUGAGAACAGGUAGAAAUCCUGAGGGGAGAGGGGCCAGGAAACAGGCAGCCA